CAUAGCAUACCCCUCCCUCAUUUGCGUCUAUAAAACAGCCCAUCCCUAUAGCAUUGUUGUACCAUGGCCAUGAUGGGCUCAAUGCUGCUCAGUCUCAGACCCUUUCUCACCACCAUCUUCUUUCUCACACUCACAGUGCUCAAGGUUUCAGCAUCAUCCUCAGUGAUUUUCUACAACAAGUGCCCGCACCCAGUGUGGCCCGGGAUCCAGCCCAGCGCAGGAAAGCCCGUUCUGGCCCGCGGAGGCUUCAAGCUCGCCCCAAACCGGGCCUACUCCCUCCAGCUCCCCGCUCUAUGGUCCGGGCGCUUCUGGGGCCGCCACGGCUGUUCCUUCGACGCCGGCGGCCGGGGGCGCUGCGCCACCGGGGACUGCGGCGGGUCCCUGUUCUGCAACGGCAUCGGCGGAAGCCCACCGGCGACCCUGGCGGAGUUCACCCUGGGCAACGAGCAGGACUUCUACGACGUGAGCCUGGUGGACGGGUACAACCUACCCAUCUCCAUCACCCCCUUCAAGGGAUCCGGAAAAUGCAGCUACGCCGGGUGCGUGAGCGACCUCAACACCAUGUGCCCCGUUGGCCUCCAAGUGCGCUCACGCGACAACAAGCGCGUGGUGGCCUGCAAGAGCGCUUGCUCCGCUUUCAACUCCCCCAGGUACUGCUGCACGGGCUCCUAUGGAAGCCCACAGGCCUGCAAGCCCACCGUCUAUUCCAAGAUCUUCAAGACCGCAUGCCCCAAGGCCUACUCCUAUGCCUAUGAUGACCCCACCAGCAUCGCUACUUGCACCAAAGCUAACUAUUUGGUCACCUUCUGCCCCCAUCGCCGCUAGCUCAUCCAUCCAUCACUUUCUACUCUCUCUACUUACCUUAGCUAGCCUUAUUUUAUUGUCAUACCUCCUUUAUGUUGAUGGGUACUACUACUAUAUAUGCCAGUCCCCAUUCAUAUUAUAUGGUUCUUCAACUUUAUUAGUUCUUGCACGACAUUGGAUCUAUGUAACCCAAGAUGGCAUAAUGGGAAGAUAUAUAGUAUUAUAUUAAGGGUGGUUUAGCUUAGUCUUGGACUCGGUUUGAUGACCAUUACUACCUUUUUUCGUUAAGGCGCGCUAAUGUGCUCAAUUUAUGGUAGAUGGUGGCGAACCAUAUUCUAUUCUAUCCCCACGGGCCACGGUGUAAUUGAUGUGUACUUUUUUCGUCUCUAAUUGGCUUAUGAUUUGUCUAUUUCACAAACCAUAUGGUGGCGAACCAUAUGUGUUGUCCAUUUUUUCGGAGCUUGACAUCGAUAUACAUGGAUUUUGCAAGCGCUUACCUGAAAAGAUUGUCUUCACAUGAUAAUAAAUUUAUGGAUGUAACUCUCGCCGGCUAA